ACUGACGACAGGUAGUAGUGGUAGGUCCGUAGGUGUAGCCACUCACUACGCUCACUUGCACUAAGUAUUAUUACUGAUUAUUGCUGACUAUUAUUUACUAUUAUUAUACAUAGUCAAAGAUACGAACAAGGAGUAGUAAAGUUGUCCGAUUUAACGAGUUUAAAUAAUAUACGAUGAACGUGUUAAUUAUAAAUUAGACGAAUAAAAUGAGGUACGCGCAACUGGUAAUGGGACCAGCAGGCAGCGGGAAGUCUACAUAUUGCUCUGUGAUGCAACAACAUGCAGCGGCCGAGAGGAAAGUAAUUGACGUAGUGAAUUUGGACCCAGCAGCAGAGUUCUUCGAUUACGAGCCACUGAUCGAUAUACGAGAGUUGAUCCAAUUAGACGAUGCUAUGGAAGACGAAGAAUUACGAUUUGGCCCAAAUGGUGGUCUCGUAUUUUGCAUGGAGUAUUUAACAGAGAACUCGUCAUGGCUAGAAGAGAAGCUGGACGACGUGGACGAUGAUUACAUCAUCUUUGACUGUCCAGGACAGAUCGAACUGUACACACAUAUGACGGUCAUUCGCCGAUUGAUAACGAUGUUACAGAAUCUGAAUUUUCGUAUCUGCGGAGUAUUCCUGGUAGACAGUCAAUUCAUGGUCGAUGGAUCUAAAUUUUUGUCUGGUACAAUGGCAGCGCUCAGCGUGAUGAUCAAUCUAGAAUUACCACACGUGAACAUCCUCAGUAAAAUGGAUUUAUUGUCGAAAAGCUCAAGAAGGCAAUUGGACAAGUACUUGGAACCUGAUCCACACAGUUUGCUGGCAGACAUGGGAAAGGAUCCUUGGAACGAGAAGUAUAAGAAUCUGACGGAAGCGAUAGGCAGACUCAUAGAGGAUUACAGCUUGGUGCGGUUCUAUCCGUUAAAUAUAAAGGACGAGGAGAGUAUCGCAGAUAUUAAACUGACGAUCGAUAACAUCGUUCAAUACGGAGAGGAUGCCGAUGUGAAAAUCCGAGAUUUCGAUGAACCCACCGAUGACGUCGAUGACACAAACACGAAAUAAACCAUGGCGGAGACAGCACGUGAAGACGGACGUACCUAAUAAAUUAUUUUUACGAAACGUUA